UAAAGAAGAAUAACAUAUUUGUGACCUCAGCUCUUCUUCAAAGAAAUCCUGACUUCAUCAAAAGUACAAGGAAAGGAUUCUUGCCACCAAGUCAAUUGAGGAAUGUCAUUAGACCUGCUGUUUUACAACCCCCACAAGCCCUGACCUGUCCUGAAAAUCCUGUAGUAUCUCUAGUGACUGAAAAAGAAGCAUGUGUUCAGUUCUUUUUAGAUUGCAUAGCUUCUGUGUCUCAUAAAGAGAUGCAGAGGAACUCAGGAAUCACAAAAGUAUGUCAGCAUAUUGGACACAAAAGACAAAGAAAACCAUACAGAAUUGAUUUAGAAGACCAGAGUGAAGAUGAUCACUGUGAUUUUGGAAGAGCCAACCUGUCCUUGUCUAUUACAAUUUAUGCUGUGAUGAUGCCCUGUGAGGACAACAUGGAGCCACACAGCACACUGGAUUUUGGGCAGAUUCAGAAUGAUGUUAAUGCACAUAUUGGAAAAGCUAAGUCAGUUGGCAUUGAUACUUUAAAUCUAUUUACCUUGUCACCUGUACAAUAUCUAGGAAAAGAUAGAAGCCAGUUCCUUGAAGACAGAAGUGUACAGAGCAGCAAAAAUUCUGAUUUUGUGUUUGGGGAAAACAUGGUUGAAAGAGUUUUGAGUCCUGAGAAGCAUCCCAAGCUGUGUAAUGAAGCUGAUUUAUGGGAAGGAGAAAUAACAUCCAUGUACAUAGGGUCUUCUUAUGUCAGUCUACAAACGAACACAGCUGUGUUGCAGAAUGCAACACUAAUUGAAUCAGCAGCUGCUUGUGUCUCCAAGCCAGUGAAGAAAAUCCUGUUAGAUAAAGUUGAAGUUAUAACUGGAGAAGAAGCAGAGCACAAUGUAUUACAGAUCAACUGCAAGCUCUUUGUAUUUAAUAAGCUUUCCUUAACCUGGACUGAAAGAGGCAGAGGAUCCCUGAGGCUGAAUGACACUUCUAGCAAUAAGUGUGGAACAUUGCAGUCCAGGCUAAUUAUGCGAAAUCAAGGGAGCUUGAGACUGAUUCUCAACACCCGACUCUGGGAACAAAUGGUUAUAAAAAGAGCAAACAGAAAGAGCUUGUGCUUCACUGCAACAGACCAAGAGGACCAGUCUGUUCAAGUAUUUCUAACUCAGGCAAGCUCAAAAGACACUGAACACCUGUAUGCAGCAAUACAUCAUCGUCUUGUGGCAUUGCGAAGCUUUGCUGAGCAAGAGCCAGAUGCUAAUCAAGUAGACACAGAGUCAGAAAUAGCUUUUCAGCCAUUAGUCUGUGAUACUGAUGAUGAAGAUGAUGAAAAAAUAUCUCAAGUGAGCAGCAGUGGAGCUGAUCCUUCUAGGUGGAACCACAGGCAGUCUGUUGUCUGCUCAUGA